AUGGAUUGGUCGAAAAAUGACACGCUCCCGUCGCUGGGGGCUGCCUCCAAGCCCAGCACCCGUGGAGGCGAAAUCCCACGGAUGAACCGGAAUGGGGGCCUGGCUCCCCUCCAUGCAUCCUCUCACUUUAGCAAGCCGGAAGAUCAGGGUCCCGUUCCCCGAAGUGCUCACGGCAAUCGCUUAGGUGCGACUUUCUCCUCCAGCAUGACGGUCGGCCAUGGUGCAGGGGGUGGUUUGGCUGCGAGCUCCACUACCUCCAACUGGGCACCGCAGCUUCAUGUUGGGAAGCUGCCCCAGCCAUUUGCACCGUCCAAACAGCAGCAGCAACUCGAUGAGCAGGCCGCCAGCCACGCCGCCAGCUCUCGCGACCCUGGAGGUGUCAGCUCGGGGUCAAUGACAGCGCGGCAAAUACGCUCGUCAGGCGGAGCGCGCGAUCCCGCGGUCCCUGGCACGCGCGGCUCCCUGACUGCACGGCCUUCUUCCAAAGGAGGCUCCCAGUCCUGGGCAGCGCAGAAGGAGCAGCUCUUAAACGGGGGCCUGCUGUCAGGCACAACGCCGAUGAUCUCCUCUGCGAGUAUCCACAGCCAGCUCCAAGCCGAGCGCGCAGAGAGGGAAAGAGAACGAGAAAAAGAGCGAGAACGAGAGCGAGAACGUCUGGAGCAGGAGAAGGAAAGGGAACGAGAAAGGGAGAAGGAGCGCGAGAAAGAAAAGUUGAAAUUGGAGAUUCCACUCAGCCCAGCGAAGGUGCUCAAGCAUCACAUCGAGGAGCUGACAGAGUUCGAGCAAGGGGAGAUUUUGGACUUCCCACAAAUCUGGUACUUCGGUGCAGGUGCUCCAAAAAUUCGGGGGACGUCUGCGUCGGCAAAUAACCACUCGUACGACGACGAGCGUGGCGAUUACAUGGUUGUCCUGCACGACCACAUCUUGUACCGCUACGAGGUGCUGAACCCAUUGGGCAAAGGUUCCUUUGGGCAGGUCGUCCGCUCGUUCGAUUUCAAGACGAACAACUGCGUCGCCUUGAAGAUGGUCCGCAACAAAAAGCGAUUUCACCAUCAGGCCCUGGUGGAGGUGAAGAUUUUAGAGCAUCUUAGAGAGCGUGAUCUGGAAAGCACCUCGAACGUCGUGCACAUGCUGGAUUAUUUCUAUUUCAGGAACCAUCUAUGCAUCACGUUUGAGCUGCUGAGUAUCAACCUCUACGAGUUCAUCAAGAACAACAACUUCCAGGGAGUGUCCUUGGGUUUGAUCCGACGGUUUGCCAUCCAGCUGUUGGCUGCCCUUCGCUUCUUGAAGAAGCUGCACAUCAUCCAUUGCGAUCUGAAGCCGGAGAAUGUGCUGCUGAAGAAUCCAACCAAGAGUGGCAUCAAGGUCAUUGACUUUGGCUCUUCAUGCUUUGAGGAUGAACGUGUCUACACGUACAUCCAGAGCCGGUUUUAUCGCUCCCCGGAAGUGAUUCUGGGAAUUCCGUACGACACUGCGAUAGACAUGUGGUCUUUCGGAUGCAUCUUGGCCGAGUUGUACACAGGAUAUCCGCUCUUCCCUGGUGAGAACGAGGCAGUCCUGUGUGAUUUGCUUGUGUCGCUGCUCCGACGACAGAACCUGGUCAGUGUGCACGGAGGUAGAGCAACUGGCCUGUAUUAUGGAGCUCUUUGGCGUCGGGUCCUCACCACUUUGGCUUGCGAACUCACGCAAGAUGUUCCAGUUCUUUGUCAGUGGCAAUAUGAUGAGGUGCCACCAUCCAAGAUCUUGGAGGGCGCCCCGCGAAUCAAGAUGUGCUUCCUCCCCCUCGCCACACGCCGAUCCUAA